AACUUAUUUAAUACCUUUCUGUGUUGCUGAAUUUAUGUAUGUACAUGCAUAUGUACAUACAUACAUAUGUGCAUAUGUGUUUGUACUUUUGGAUACUAUUUGUGAGGCUACAUUCAGCGCUUUGCAAUGUUCGAUGGUAAAAUUGGAAAAUUAACAAUGCAUCUUGUUCGUAGUAACUUUUGCCAACGUGAUGAGUAUUUGAGAUCGCCUUCAAAAAAUAUUGGAGUCCAACUAACGAAUUCCCAUACGUCGUACAGGAACGAUCAUACCAACAUGAAAGAGGCACAAGCUGAAAUAAAUAUAAAUAAUACAUCGGUUAAACAUAACCAAAAUGUAACAUUUGUCCGGAGUAGUGGAAUCACUAAUGGAGCUGUUUUUCAUGAGGAUGUUAUUGAAACUGAGUGGAAUUUCCCUCCAAAAGUACCUACUCCGCACAUCUACCAUUGCAUUAAUCCAGAUUUACUGGUGGGAAGUGAUAAAAACGGCUUUAAAGGACUUCGUAAGCAAUUUAGUGGGCGAUUUAAGCGCUUAGUUACUCGAAAAGUAGAACACGGCCCAGUGAUACCUCCGGAAUUAAAGCCACAAUUAAAAACAAUAUACGUUUACUAAUUUUAGAAGAAUCACCGAUGGCAAGCACAAAUGUUUGAAUAAACUAUAUGUACGCAUAUACAAUAUGUAUGUAUAGAUGUACUCGUAUGUAUUUUUAUAUAUUUUGGAAAACUUUAGUGAUAAUAAAAGCAAGAUAAACUAA